GCGAUUCGAGAAUAACAGUCUCGUGUCGAUCUCUGUGCGAAAGACUUUAUAAGGAUACACCACAGAGAUACAGAACUGAAGAAUUUUGGAAAUCUCAUUAAAUAAGCUUUGUAGCAGGUUUCACCAUGAGGAUGGUUCACGUAGCUCUCCUGUAUUGCUGCUUCGUCUAUUCAGUUUAUACUAAUGUGGAUGCCAAAUUGGACGUAGCUUCGGAAUUUAAAAAAAGGUUGAACGCUUGGGCUUUAAGCCGAGCAAAGAGGGAUUUGAAAACUUCCAAACUGAAGACUCAGGGGGUGGUAGCAAGUAGUCAACAGUUCGUGAGGGCAGAAGACGUCAAGGAAAACUUUAACGUUCACUCCAGCUCAGACGCGCACAUCCGUGUGAAGCGCUACCGAUACGGGUUGCCACAUUUUCCACAGCUCCAUCUGAACCGACCAAGCUGCCAACUUGGGACGUGCCAGGUCCAGAAGCUGAGCCACCGGUUAAAUCAGCUCCUCAAUAACCCGGAGAAAGACAACAUGGCUCGGUGGAGCACGUGGAGUCCCAACAGUUACGGCAGGAAACGGCGAUCGGUGCGAUCCAGAACAGCGCUCACGCUGCCUGGGGAACAGGAUAUACUGGCAAGGACGUGAUGGGCUGUGCAAUGACCAGCACACACAAGUGUACAGCAGGGGCCACUGCCAUGGGACUAGAAUAUUCACAAAGCCUUCAGUUGGACAUACGAAGGCAGCCGGUAAACUUUACAAUGCACGCCAGAGUUCAGAUCUGUUACAAGCUUCCAAACUUUCCAGAGUUGGUAUUUGGAGACGUUUCAGAGCGAGCUGAAUGAAGGAAAGGGCGCCACCUCUCAGCGAAUGCCUUGGAAUUAAGGGUUCAUACCCUACAUAGCGCCAAAUUCCAGCCCAUUAUCUGCAGACUACAUUUGAAUUGUGUUGUUUUUUUCUGUGUUUGGAUUACAGGGAGUCUAAAAUCCUGCUAGUAGAAAAAGGAUUGCAUCAUACUUGAACGCAAUUUCUAUUACAGAAAGUGCAAUCGACGUUUUAAUGUAUGAAAGACAUUGUAUAUAAAAUUGUUUAAACUAUUUAACUCUUUAUUUCCUGUAACUGUACAUCUGGAAAUAGAAUUAUUUUUAUACGUGAUAUAAAUAUAUAAGGGCAUUGUAGCAUCAGCAAACUUAGAAUCGUGUGACAAUUAUUAUGGAGGUAAAAUGUUCACUAGUAACCUGACUCCUUUUGUACAUUCCAGACUUGCAAUGACUGUAUAUGUAGUACAAUCUAUUUUGUCAUAAUUAUUAAGUACAAUAAACAUCUGCCUACAUUA